AUGCAGGAGAACUAUGAGACAGUGACCUCGCUGGGAUUCCACGUUCCUCCAGCAGAGCACAGGGACUGGUUCCACUCACGGAAUGUCCUUAGUGACAAAUACUCCACCAAUGCUCCACGCACCCUGAUCUGGACUCAUUUCACCCUCUGCACAGGAUUCCCCCUUCCCAAACCUGAGCUGAUCGCCCGGCUGGAACGAGGGGAAGAGCCGUGGGUGCCGGAUCUCCAGGCCUGCGAGGAAAGAAGGCUUCUGAGAUGCAACCGCACAGGUGCUGAGCGAGGGAGUGAGAAGCAGGAGGGGAAUCAUCAUAAGGAAGUUCCUGGAGAAGUGCAACCACAGGGGACCUUUGUGGGAAGAGCUGAAGGGAAUUUUUUCCAGUGCUUGGAGCAGGCAGAAGCCUGGGGAAAUUGGCACAGGCGGAAGUCAGACCUUGUUAAACAUCAGGCAAUCCACACAGGAGAGAGAUCCCAUAAGUGCUUGGACUGUGGGAAAAGUUUCACUUGGAGAUCAUCCCUUGUUAAUCAUCAGGCAAUCCACACAGGAGAGAGACCCCAUAAGUGCUUGGAUUGUGGGAAAAGUUUCACAUGGAGAACAGGCCUUGUUAAACAUCAGGAAAUCCACACAAGAGAGAGACCCCAUAAGUGCUUGGACUGUGGGAAAAGUUUCACACGGAGGUCAAACCUUGUUAAACAUCAGGUAAUCCACAGAGGAGAGAGACCCCAUAAGUGCUCUGACUGUGGGAAAAGUUUCAUAAAGAGGUCACACCUUGUUAAACAUCAGGCAAUCCACACAGGAGAAAGACCCCACAAGUGCUUGGACUGUGGGAAAAGUUUCAUACAGAGGUCACACCUUGUUAAACAUCAGGCAAUCCACAGAGGAGAGAGACCCCAUAAGUGCUUGGACUGUGGGAAAAGUUUCACAUGGAGAAUAGGCCUUGUUGAACAUCAGGCAAUCCACACAGGAGAAAGACCGCACAAGUGCUUGGACUGUGGGAAAAGUUUCAUACGGAGGUCAAAACUUGGUAAACAUCAGGCAAUCCAUACAGGAGAGAGACCCCACAAGUGCUUGGACUGUGGGAAAGGUUUCAUACAGAGGUCAGACCUUGUUAAUCAUCAGGCAAUCCAUACAGGAGAGAGACCCCAUAAGUGCUUCGAGUGUGGGAAAGGUUUCAUACGGAGGUCGGACCUCAUGAAACAUGGAAGAAGCCACACAAGAUGUAAACCUCUGUGA